AGCCACGUUUCCAGCCUCAGGGAAGGUUCGCCUCUCUCACGCGAAAGAAAGCCGCGGAAGCCCGCUCUUAAACAGCGCAUGCGUGCCAGAAAACAACUCGCAACCUAGCGCGCACAGAGGCUGGAAAUGACAGAGGGGCGAGAGAGUUACGAUACAACAAGACUCCUUGGGGGUGUGUGUCGGUUCUGGUCUCUUUCUUGGAGGGCUUUGCCCAGCUAACUGCCAAUACAGUUCGCUUUCCUCGUCCUGGAGAUCCAGCAGCUGAGAGACGGUUGUCGUGGGCUUGCAAUACGGACAUUAAAGCUGAAAGACAGGAAUGUCUGAGGCUUCUUUGCAUACUACUUGGUUUCUUCUCACCCCGGAAGGAAGAGAGCCUUGUACAACGAAGCCUUGCAUUGCAGCCAUGGUCCUCAUCAAAGACCGUAGUUCUCGGCGCGUCUACUCAACAAGUAAAACCCCUCCGAUUCAGUGGGCUUUAUUCCCACUGAACAGGUAACCAGUCUUGGAUUUUCCAUGCAGUUGCAUUCUUGGGACGACUUCAACAAAAAUUAUUUCAAAAUGAUAACAAAUAUUAUCAUUUUGAGUAUACUUAUAUGCAUCUCAUUAUCCUUUUGGAUUGUGUCCAUGACUGCAAGCACAUAUUAUGGUACUCUGCGACCUAUUUCUCCGUGGCGAUGGCUUUUUUCAAUCUUAGUUCCGCUAAUAAUUGCUUCGCGAGGAUUUAAGAAAAAGAGUCUUGAUCAUGGUGGAGCAAUAGGAGGCUUAAUCGUUGGAUUUAUCCUCACAGUUGCAAAUUACAGCUUUUUUGCUGCCUUGCUCAUGUUUUUCAUUACUUCCUCCAAACUCACCAAGUGGAGAGGAGACGUAAAGAAGCAAAUAGAUGCAGAAUACAAAGAAGGUGGGCAGAGAAAUUGGGUGCAAGUGUUCUGUAAUGGCGGUGUACCAGCAGAACUAGCUCUCCUGUACAUGAUUGAAAAUGGACCAGGUGAAAUUCCAGUUGACUUCUCUAAGCAGUAUACAGCAUCCUGGAUGUGCCUGUCACUAUUAGGUGCUUUGGCCUGCUGUGCUGGGGACACUUGGGCGUCAGAAAUUGGCACUGCUAUGAAUAAGGAACCCUGGUUGAUAACAACCUGGAAGAAGGUUCCAAGAGGUACCAAUGGUGGUGUCACUUUAAUAGGCCUAAUUGCAAGUCUCCUUGGUGGUUCAUUAGUAGGUUUGGCUUACUUCAUCUCCCAGAUGAUUUUUGUGAAUGAUCUGGACAUCUCUGCCCCACAGUGGCCCAUUAUUGUGUUUGGUGGAUUGGCUGGUUUACUAGGAUCUAUAGUUGAUUCUUAUUUAGGAGCAACCAUGCAGUACAGUGGUUUUGACACUCGUACUGGAAAGAUUGUCAAGCAUCACACAAAAGAUACAAAGCACAUUGCAGGAAAACCUAUCCUGGAUAAUAAUGCAGUGAACCUCUUUUCUUCUGUGGUCAUUGCUUUGUUGUUGCCUGGAGCCGCCUGGGGAUUUUGGCCAAGGGGCUGAAGUUAAAGUAUUGACUCCUGUACAUUUUAUGCAAAACAAGCUGUGAUUUAAAGGAAUCUUCACCCAGCACUUUAAUUUAAACACCUGGCUGGAAUAUAUUUUCCUGUAAAUUCUUCUGAAGGUGCCAGGAGUCACUUAGGUUUCCUAUGGCAGCUACAGGUAUUUUUUGGCAAAAUGGACUGUGGAAGGCUGUACUGGCUUGGCACCACUUCAUCUGUAAUGGAAUACAAUUUUCACGUGAAUUAUUUGCCCUAAUACUUCUACCAGACUGAAUACUUUAUCUCGACUGAUUCCCCACAAUCUAGCAAUUAGAAGAGCAAGAAAUUGAGAAAUAAAAACCUUAACAUGUGACACUGUACUACUGUGUUCACCAAGCAAAACAAAGGAUCUUUGCCAUUUUACAUCUCUUUUGUUAUUCUAAUGCUGUAUCUCUUUUGGAGAAUAGGGGAAGCACUCCACCAUUGAUAAGGUUUUGAGAAAGUGACACCUUUUUUUUAGUUUCAAGGGAGUGAAUGACCUGAAAAAAAAAUCAGUGUUUCUGGUUCUUUUCAGUAGUAUAUCAAUAAGAAGCUUGGCCCUUGUAGGAAUAUAUGCUAUUUUUGUUAGCACUGCUGAGAGAAAUAAUAAUACAAAAUUAGUGGUGUCAAAAGUUUAAUAUAUAAUUUAUUGAAUUUAAAAUCAUAUGUUUAGAACAUAAGAAUACUUGUUUUUUUGCUUUUGUUUUGGCCAAUGUCUGUAGUUAAUAGUUAUGGUUUUAUUCUGGCAUCUUGAACAAAUGGUAUUUUCUGCAUUCAUCACAAGCAGUUCUGUUUUUAUCCUUGGUGGUAUUUGUUUUUUUAAGUCUGAAGAUGGUGAUAAUCUGAAGAGUUUCUUAAAUUGUCCAGAAGUACUGUUCUUGUUUGAACAUUUAAUGUAGCCAAUCUAGACCUGGAUUCUUCUGCUUGUGGAAAGUUUAUCUUGACAUAAAAACCAGGAUAAAGGGCAGUAAAAGUUGUUACUUCUGUAUACCCAAAUAUAGUUUUUCUCAUUA